AUGAACAAGAAAGUUAUUCUGUCCCUUUCGGUAGUUCAUGAUAUUUAUGCAGAACCAAAGGAUGAACAUUCCAAUAUACUGAUGUGUAUGUGUAUCUUCCAAGAGUCUGUGAACGGUUAUAAAACUCGAGUAGGAUGUAACAGAAAUUCUAAACUCAAAAAAAGCGUCAAAGAUUCAUAA